AUGAAUAACGUGAACACCUAUUCUCCACUGUACAGCUCAUAUGAAAACAUUAACAUAUACAAAAAGAACAAGCAACUGGUGGGUGAAGAUUAUGACACAUCUACGGCCAACAUAUCGUGCGAUUCCAGGGGAAGAAUACUGAUAAAAGAUAUCGAAAAUGACAAUAAAAACAUUGGAACAAAGAUCAAUGGCAUGGCGAACUUAACACAUGGUGUGAAAAAUACGAACCAACAUGAAAAGCGAGAAUUCAUUCCUCCUGUCCAUGUGAGGGUGAAAUCUCAAUCUUCUGUCACAAAUAACCAAUAUGGAAAAAACUCAAUUAAUGAUAAUAGCAUACCAACGAAGAAAUAUUUGCAUCCCAUUUCCGGGAUGCAGUAUGGAAAUGUCCUCAGGUCUAAGGACAGCAAGAGCAUGAACGAUAUCCACCAUGUUUACAGAAACGAGGGCAUCCUGAAUAACAACGUCAAUUGUAAUGCCGGUUACUUCGCCAAGUACCAUCCAAGUUACAUUGCCAGCUUGCGUUCACAGGGUGACUCCUUUCCGAGUGGACCUCAUAACAUGCCCAAUUAUAACCCCCAAAGUAUAGCAAACAACUUUUCCUCCUACCAAAUGCACGACGUGAAAGAAAAUAGAAACAUACUUAAUGAGUUUAACAAAAAUAUAUACCAGCACUAUAGCAGAAUAGUCCUAGAUGACUACAACAAGCAGGUGCAAAAUCACCCAAAGGUUAUGUACCCAAAUGAGAAAUUUCAAUCAUAUGACAAAAACUACCACCCAGCUAGUCCUAACAAUAACCGUGCUUUCCUCUCUAAUGCACGAGAACCAGUUAACUUUUACAGCAAUAAUAAUAUUACGCUGAAAAACUACGUACCGUAUGGUCACAGAGACCUUCAAAAUGGCAGUCACAUACGUAGCGGUUCAUUCAUUUUAAGUAGCGACACACAGAAGAAUACCACCCUACAUAUGCUAAAUCCCACACAGAAUAUAAAAGAUGGCUCCAGAAAAAACGUUUUUAAAAUUUUCAACCGAAAAAAAGAACCCAAUAAGAAUUUAACUCCUUCCGUUAAUUCGUAUGAACAUCUUCCAAAUGUUCAAAAAGGACAAAGAAGAAGUUUAUCAUCCGUAAACCAAACAAACUUAAGUUCCACGUCCUUCAGAAGAAAAGUAAACAGCCAGGAAACGUCAAGUUGGAAAAGAGAAGCAAAUAAUAACACUUUAAGAAAAAUUUACAAUUUUAUUUUUCCAUCCAGUGCUAAUAAGUCACAAAAUGGUUCUGAUGCCAAAUGUGAAGUGAAUAAAUUUGCCACCUCUCCAAGGGAUUCCUCACUUAAUGAACCCUACCCUAGAUGCAGUAACGCUUAUCUGCUGCAUAAUAACUCUAAUCAAAAUAAAGCGUUUAAUAUGGCAGGAUAUAACCUACCAGAUGUACAUAACGCUAACGUCAUUCGUGAUUAUAGCAAAUUUAACUACAGUACUGGCAGUGCCAAUGCCUUUCCAAAUAUCAGUUUUGCAUCUGCCAAUAAUCCGGAUCAUUUGAAGUACACCCCUCCUGCAAUUGUCCCAAACGGUAGGGACGAAAUAAUGUCCCUAAGGAAAGAUGAUCAGUUUGCUAAAAUAUAUUCUGCUAACAAGGCAGGAAUGCCCAAUGGAAACCCGCGAAUCAGUGUCGUUUCGCAGAAGCAUGCCAAUCAGGACGACCGGCACAGGUACCACGAAAAACUCGUCACCAAUAUUUAUCAGUUCACGGGUGGACUGGCUAACAAAGGGGGCAAUCAUAAAAAUGGCCCCAAUAAUGUUGUUAAUAAUGGUGCUAAUAAUCAUCUGCAAGGAAAAGCGCAAACAAAGGCAACAUUGCCAGCGGGAGCGCCCAUGCAGCCCCCCCACGGCAGUCACGUUCUCCAUUUUGACAUAUCCAAGGAUAGUGCAAAAAACGGAGGCCCCUCAAAUAUGCCAAUCGGCAGUAAGCAACACCAGGGGGAAAAGAAUAAUACAGCUAAAUUAGCCCAAAAUAAAAACACGACAAAUGAACAGAACGAACUUUGCUCAACGGAGGGCAUCCCUCCGAACAGUCACUCCAACAUGGCAAUUGAAAAAAAUGAAUCACCCAAAGGAGAAUCGAUAGUACAAACUGAUAACAAUGCGGCACACGUAACCAAUAAUAAUACGACGAAAAAAGUAAACCAAACGUUCAACGAACAGAUGAACCAUGUGCACAGAAAGUCUACCACGACAGACAACAACUCCAUAAAAAUUGUAAGUGACCAUGACAGAAAUAGCAGCAAGCAGAACAUAUACAAUUACAGCACAGUCAUACAAAACAACUUCAUUAACGGUUCAGAUAAAAUGUCCAAAAUAUUGGUAGGAAUAAAAAAUGAAAACGGAACACAGAACAAAAAUAAUGCCAACCUAGAGUUUGUGAAUGUAAACAAGUACAUAAAUAACAUAUUCAAAACGGGCAACAAUAAUUAUGACUAUACAGGUAAUAAUAAAGGAGGUGUAGUUAUUGGCCGGUACGGACAGGGCAACAACAUCGCGAAAAACAAUCCUUUCAACCAAAUGGAUAUUAGAGAGAAUACCAAAUGGGGCAUGCCAAACCAGGAUUCCUCUAAAAUGUACCAACAUUUCAACCCUAGUGACGACCACCUAAUGAACAACGCACAUCGGUUACGUGAACUUGAAAAAAAACAUGGAGUUAUAAGUAACCCCAACUUAUGCGCUAAUGAUAUGAGCGGUAUGAACGAAAACGCAAAACAUUUAAUGAGGCAAUGCAUUUUGAAUAAAUUUCUCUAUGAGCAGAAAAAGCAGGAAAACCAAACGAAUGGUAGGAAGAAGAUCAUUCCAAAUAUGAUGCAACAUUUUAUGUACGUGAAUGAAAAGGGACUCGAAUCUCUCCCACUUCCAAACGAUAAAGAAAACCCAAUUGUUAAAUUGCUAAACAGGGGUAAGCAACAUAGGCCAAACGUCGAUGGUAAGAUAAAUCUAAUUGAUCGCAAUGCACACAUUGUUGGUAUGCUGAAAAAGCUGCACAAUGUAGGAAGCGAGGAUGACUUGCCAGAUAACGUUAUUGCCAACCUGGGGCAGAUAAAACUUGACCACCUUUCCAGCUUAACCAAAAAUGAAAUUAAUAAAUAUAUGAUGUGUAAUAACAGUGAGCAUAAUAAUCAGUACAUAAAGUCCAUCGCAUCCAUGGAUGACAAAGUGAAUUAUCACGAAAACGAUUGCACAAAGGGGCAUGCCAAUCGGGGGGAACAUCACAAGGAAGGAACUGAACCUACUGCCUCCCAAAGUGCAGACGCACAUAACAUAACCCUAAAAAAGGAAAAAAAAAAAAAAUCCGGGAAAAAAAAAAAAAGUCCAAAAAAUGUGCAUCACGAUAUUGAUCAAAUGCUGGAGCUAAAGUCCAAGGUCUACGACGAAUUAAACACCUGCCUAAAAUGCAUUAACAAUUUAACCAAAAAUAAAAAAUUAUUUGAGCAGUUAAAAAAGUAUAAGAAUAAACUCGAUAAGAAAGCUCAAAUGGGGGAUGACACCUCUGCACGAAGUCGCUCGGAUCAAGCGGAAUCCUACUACACGAUGAGAAAUUCGUAUCUCUCGUCCUUCCUCUGCAAUGAAAACACAAGCGCUGAUGCUCAGGGGGUUCAAAAUGCCGCCGGCGUUGCUAGUGGGGGGUGCAUCACAAGUGGUGAUUAUCUGGCCAGGGCGAAGAACACACCGAAGUUGCACCCAGACAGGGGCAUUUCAAACGGAACGGGUAAUAACGUCACGGUUAUCACUCCCGCCAGUGAAGAGAAAAACGAACUGAUGAAAAAGAUCAACCCAACCAGUAUUGCUGCUCUGCCCAUCCGAAUUGACAAUAGUAAAAAUUUCACAACAAAUAAGGCUUGCCCGAAUCAGUUCCAAGAUAAACAAACCCUACUGAAUGAUCCAGCAAGGAAAAAGGAUAACGUGCAUUUCAAUCUGUGCGAUAAAAGCGUAUUCGAAGGGGAAGAAAGAGAAAAAAAUUCUUACGGGAAAGAUGGAGAAAGCAGAUAUUCGCUGUACGAGGAAGAAUCCCCCAAUGUGGGGAAGAGGAAGGCUCUCCUAGUUACACUAAAUUAUAAUGGGCUGCUAGAAGGAUGCGUAAAUGACACCCUAGAAAUGUGCGAACAUUUAGUAGAGACGUUCAAAUUCAAUGAAUUGAUACUCCUAAAUGAUUGCAACUUUUGUUAUCGAAAUUUUGUCUCACAAAAGGCCAACAAAAAUAACAUCAUAAAUAAUCUGUACGAAUUUGUUGUCAAUUCAAACAAUGGAGAUAUUUUAUUUUUUUAUUUCUGUGGAUAUUCCAUCAAAAUAAUUGAUUCAAAGUUUUCACAGAAUAAUAACUUUGCUUUAUUGCCAGAGGAUUAUUCGAAAAAUAAUUACAUCUAUUCAAAUGAAGUAUUUAAUAUCAUUAAAAAGUUACAGGGCGGGAAGCAACUGUGCAUAGUUUUUGACACCACAUAUACUUCCUAUUUUGUCCCCACCUGUACCACCAUCACGUAUAAUAAAAGCAUUAAUUCCAGUGAAAUUUCCAAAAAUACUAAUUUGGUGAACACAAAUAAGAAGCACAUUUAUUCUUUGAGAACCUUUGGCAAAUUCAGAGAUCGACACGUUGAACCCAUUUACGUCGAAAAUUUGAAGAUGCCCCUGUCGCAUGAUUUGUACAAACAGGAGGAGGAGAGGAAGCAAAAUGCAAAGGAUGUCCUCGUCCCUUCCAUCUUUUUCUUCUCCCCUGAUGUGAGGGACCGGGGGGACUUUGAGCUCGUCAUCAGAAAUAGGGUUAGAGGCCUCCUCACCUACUGCAUCGGAAAGGCAAUCACCAUGUUGAAGAAAGAUUUCUCCUACCACGACCUGUUCAUCGUUGCGUCACAAGUGCUCGUCAACAUCAAGAAGGAGUACAAAUUGAAAUACGUAAAGUUUAAGUUGUCCUUCCUGAAUGACCACUCUCCAGAUGAUAUAAAAUUCUUAUCUCACGAAAGUCUGCUUCUUAGGAAAAAAGGAGAGACGAAAGAAGAGCCCCUUUGGAAACCCUCCUUACGAUUAAACAACCUAAAUGAAUACAUGAAGGACAUUUGCAAAAUGAAGGAAAAAAAAACGCAGGUCAAUUUUCCCCAAAGGUGCUUGCUGAUCUUCAUAAAGGAUAUAAAAUUCGGCGCCCACAUCAAGCUGGACCCCUCCAUUGAGUACUUCGUGAGUUGCUUUGUCAAAGCAAAGGGUCUGAACAUUCUGUACGUCAGGCGAAACAACACCAAGUGCCAGAAAAUCGUCAGGGACAAAAUUUUCUUCCUGGAGUACAUUAUCCUGAAUGUGUCCGAUCUGGACAAUACCAAAAUUUACGUGGAAUUGUUCAAAAAGAAGAACAAGAACUACUUCCUCGCCAGGAGCGUAUUACGGAUAAGCAACACGAAUGGAAAUUUCUCCCUAAUGGAUGAAAAGAAAAACAUAAUUGGCAUCAUCGAUUUGAGCAUUAAAUGCGUCUCCUAA